AUGGCUACAAUCAAAGCCUUGUGUGAGGAAGACCCCGAGCUGGGUGUGCAGUUCAUCGCAGCUAUCCAAGCGUUUCUCGAAGACAAAUUACAGUCUGUAGUUGCCAUGGCCAUGGACGCCAUCACGGCGCUGUGUGGAGCUGACUGCUUGGACUUUUACGUGGCGUUCAAGAUCAUCUCACAGAAGAUGCGCAAGAACAAGGUGACGUGUGCGGACGAGACUCUCUUCCAGGCGCGUCUAUGCUGCUUUUACGCUCUUGGUGGCGCUGAGAGUAGAGCGAAUGAAAAACACGCAGUGAAGCUGCUACACCAGACGUGGGAGUUUGCUGACAGUGAGCAUUUAACUGUGAGGAAGGCUGCGUAUGCGGCCAUGUGCACGUUCCCGCUGGAUCUGUUGGGUCUUUGCAUGUCGGAUAUGGAACAGGAGAGUGAAGACGAAGAGCAAGCGACGGAGGAGGAAGUCGAGGAGCAAGUGGAAAAUCUACUGCAGCGUCUUGAGGGUGAACAGGAAGCAGCUGUUCGCACUGAACUUGAGACGUUGGUAGCGAGAGUUAUCGAGUAUGAGAGUGCCAAACUCACGGCUGGCGUUGGACGAGGACAGCGCGUGGCGUCUGCGGCUCAAGCGAGUGUCUCAGCUGCAGCAACGAAGGAGAUGAAGGCGCUUCUUCCUUCACGAGCAGAGGUGCAGUCCUCGAUGUCUGAAAUAGUAGACUGGAGUGGCUUUCUGCUGGCGUAUCAACCCAAGGCGGUGAUCGACACAAGGAACGUUAAGCGGAAAGACAAACUGGUGCGUCUGGCGACUCAAAACGUGGACGAAUUGAUGGAAACAGUCGCGUCUGCGCUUCAGGCUAUGGAGCUACCGUGGACACUGACAGACACAGCGACAGAUUGCGAGCUGUUCUUACGUACACAAGUCUUGAUGGAGGGAUGGCGCGGGUUUAUGGCGACGUACGUGACGUCAUUGGACGAAUUAGCGCAGCUGAAGACUCCCGUGGGUGUUGAUGAUGCCGACGUUGGCUUCCGUGUCUUCUCGGAGGGUGCUGGAGGUCUGUUUGACGCGUUGUUACAUGGCAAUAACAAGAUUGGAGGCGCGGUGGCUGCUGGAGCACUGGCCGGACAGCUGUGGGAGUCGAGACAUUGGCAAAACCCGCAACUUCGUCUGAAAUACGAGGAAAUUGUUGAAGAAUUGACACGUUUAUUAGCUUUGUCGAUGGAGAAGAGUCGAGUGUUCUCGACUGACGACGGUGACGCUCGUAGCUCGUCUAUUGGAGCUUUGAUCGCGCUUCAGCUUGCGCUUGGUAGACGACAAGUGGAUGCUACUGAAGACUGCAGCACGUUCUGCACUCAACUAGAGAAGAUCGACAAGAUGUUUGUGGACAUUUACACGAGCGCAUCGGACGGUAUGGUAGAGGCCUGUGCGUUGCUAGGAUUGAGUCACGUGGCUGCUCUUUAUUCGAACGGAGAGGAGCUGGAGACAUUGGCAGAGGCUCAAUGGAGACAACGACGCGUUAAACCGAUCGCAGAGCGCAUUCUCGAGUCGUUUCUGUACACGAAGCAGCAACGUUCGUCUUCGUCGUGUCAUGGAGACGUGGUAUUCCCUCUGGACAAUAGCGGAGUGAGUGCUUCUAUUGACAAAGUGGCAGCUGAAUUACAACGAAUUUCAUCUAGUGACAUGCUGUUGUCAUGGGCGGCGUCGAUGGGGCUAGCGCGACUAGCUAAGUCCUAA